AUGUCAGGACCGUUGGGCAGAAUCAUCGCACAAGUAGUAGUUAUGGGUGCGGGAAUUGUAUCUAAAGCCUUUGUACAGGCCUACCAGCAGGCUGUGCAUAAUGCACGUUCAGGAAACGCCGGUGCUAUGGCUACGAAGACGGUGGCACGCAAGAAUCAAAUGUCCAAGCAGCAAGCGCUCGAGAUCCUAAAUUUACCCACAAGCGGUAGGGCCCCGUCUUGUGAAGAGAUUCAAAAGCAGUUUACAAGGUACUUUGAGGCCAACGACCCGGCAAAGGGCGGCUCUUUUUACCUGCAGUCCAAGAUAUUUCGAGCGAAGGAGGCGUUGCUCAAAGACCCGGUAAACGAAUCAUCACGUAACAAGACAAAUGGUGAAUAG